UUAAUUCUCUCGCCAUUCUCUAGUUUUUGACAUUUCAUCUUCAGGACUUUAAUUUUAAAUAUCUCACAUUUAUAGAAGUAUCAGAUAUUGUAUGUUGUUAAUAUGUUGAAGAUUCGUGAAUAUUUUUUCUGAUAUUAUUAACAUAACACCUCAGACGUUAAACUUUUUUUUGCCUUGCGAUUUAACUGAAUAACUGUUUACUGACAACUUCAAUGAGAUUGUUAUAAUAUUAAUUUGGCAUUGAACUUCAAUAUUCCUAUGAACAUCACCUAUAACCUUGGGGGUGGGAGUCGACACAGAGAUUAGACUGUCCACUUUCCACAGCCGAACUACAACUACCCUGCCCCCAUUAUUCAGUGCACAAACAUUAUUUUGAUUAGGACCAGGACCACACUAAAAAAGUUGAAAUGGAAAAGUAUGCAUCGUGUCUUGCCCCAUUGGUAAUAUACUAAAGUAAAAAAAAAAAUAAGUAGAAAUGUUGAAAACUACUUAAAAUAUGUUUGGAUUACUGUACAUUUGUUGACAUGAAAAAGCACAAGGAUCACACUUUUGAACACGUCGCUUCGAGUUUGUGGAAUCCCGACCUAAUUACAACACAUCCUCCGUGUUGCUGUGGCAACUUGGUCAUAAAAACUGUCUGAGUCUGGUGCAUUUGUAGAAUUGGAGAGCCUGCAAUAAAAUGUCUGAGACCAAGGUUAUUAGCUGUUUCUAAGGAGUUAAAAACAACGAAUAGGGCAGUAAAUGCCAUAUUCCACUGACUGGUCUGGAGACUUUAAAAGAGAGCCCGUAUUCUCUUUCUCGAUAUCGGAAGGAUAUUCAGUAAUCCGGAUCUACGGAUAUUUGACCACUGGGUGGCAGUCUUUAGAUCAAUGUCAAAGCCGCUAAAGGAGAAUCCUGAAAGAGGGACUUUCUGCGUUCGACCGUUGAAAUCAAUAGGGUAUUUUGUUUCUAAGUAUAACAUAAAACUAACUGCUUACUUUUGGCAAGGAACCAUUUUAAAAAGUGCAAUAUAUAAUCUACAAUCACUACCGACUUAACAGGAAAAGUAAGGUGAGUAUAGAAUAAAGUUAAAUUUAUUAAAAGUUAAUCUUUCGAAGGCCAAAACUUUCUCGCAAAGGAUUUGUUUUGUUCCACACCCCCUUACUCAUAUUUAAACACAACACUGUUUCGUGAUUCUGCAAGCGCUGAAAGGUAUCUAUCUAUCUAUCUAUCUAUCUAUCUAUCUAUCUAUCUAUCUAUCUAUCUAUCUGGAGAAAUUAACGUCGGAAGCAUGUUCAUGAAAUGUGUUUUCACAUGUGUUCAUAUUGAUUUUUCACAUUUUUGCCUAGAAUGAACUUAUUUUAUUAAGUAUAUUGGUCUUGCUUUAAUUUCACGCCGAAAUAGGUGAAACAUUAAUAUUACUGAUUUUUUUCUUCUGAUUAAAUGACGGGUAGAUAUGUUAUUGGAGAAUGACAAAUACGCAACGAACAAAAAUAUGAUUUGUGUGCUCAUCUGCAGCUAAGGAAAGAGAUCGUCAAUAUGGAUUUUGCGUGUACAGCAACACCAAAUAAAAUAGGAAUAGCGUUCAGUAAAAUUACACAGAAUUGUACAUUUCUAUAUGAAAUAGCUGCACGAGUUUCUUCUAUUGAUAAUCUAUUGAUAAUCUUUUUGGAGGUGAAAUAUAAUUAUUUUGACGUGUUAACUUUUACUGUGUUAAAGUGUUACGGAAUUCUGUACAUUAAUGUAUUUUUUUAAAUCAUUCUACAUUUGAUAUUGAAAAAUAAAAUUGGAAAACAAAACUCUUUCGAAACUUCGUUAAGCUGUUAUGAAAAUUCCCUUUUAUGUUCCAAAAAUUUACACUGUAAUCAUGUAAAACAUCUCCUGAAAAGUGUAAGAUUAUUGUAUCUUCAGGCACGUUAAUUAUUUUGUAUUGCACUAUUCUAUUCUCAGUAUUAGUUCAAUACGACUUUUAAAUUGGUUUGCCUCUUAAGAUAUCAGAUAAUCUGAAAUGACUUAGGUCUUAUUUAUAAAUCGACGUUAAUUAACGUGUUUAAGUGGUUUCCGCGUUCUCUUUCUUGUAGUUUGUUUUCCUCACUAAUACUUCCAUUAAACUACACCAUGUAAGCUUAUUUGAAAUUAUCCAAUAGGCAUAUGUAUGGAAGUGAGGAAUUUAGUAAACCUUCCGUCUCGGAAAACAAUUCGAUGAUACCUUGAUAAUGUGUCUGUUGUCUGCCGUUUGAAAUUAGAAAACAUCAAUAUAACCGUUCAAAUGAGAUAGUUAAUAAAGAAAAAAUCCGCUGAAUGAGUUGCAUUAAAAAAAAAUGUUCAGAAGAAGACAUCCGUAACAUUUUUUCGGGUCUAAAUACUUUUUUUAAAUCUAAUAAAUGACUGAAUCUCUAAAUCGGUAGACUGAUUUGUUUCAUGGUAUAUUUUAAACGUGUAAUUAUUGUAUUAAAAUGUUAAAGCGUUAGGCUGUUGCACUAGGUUUAGUCUGUAGUAAUGAUCUUAUAUUUCAAGCGGAAGUUUCACGUUGCAGAACGCUAAGUAUUUGAAUAAGUACUUAGUGCUUAAUGUGCAGUAAAGCUUUUUGACUUGUUUGAUAUGGAGUUCAGUUUAGUGCAAUCACGCAAAUGAACUGUUAAAAGAAUAUUCUGUAAGUUGUAUAAUUAUAAAUAAACAUAAAAUAUCGUGUACACACAUAUAUACAGAUUGAAAUUGUAUUAUGUUUAAAUUAUUUGGGAAAAGAAAUUAAGUGAAUGGGCGCCUAGGAGAAAGUACUGUAACUCUGUUUGAUUCAUUAACAUACCUUAUUAUUAAACAAGACUUAACAUAAAAUACUUUAUAGAUGGCCUCGAUUUGGCACACUACUACUACACAACGCACAGUGAAAAGCUGUUCACAUGUAAAUAAUAAUAAUAAUAAUAAUAAUAAUAAAGCGCUGUCAAACGAUAUUGAUCGUUUUUUUUCACAACGUAAGAGUUGAAAUAACAGCAAAAUAACUUUGUAUCGACAAAAUUCACUGAACUCUUCAGUUAUUUUUUAACUCCUCCCAGCAGUAUGAACUUCACACAUUAUGACAGAUAGAUAGAUAGAUAGAUAGAUAGAUAGAUAGAUAGAUAGACAGAAGAACAGUUUUGUAUUUAUCAAUGUUUAAAUUUCUAUAUUUACAAAUCUAUAACAUUUACUUUCUAAAAGUAACAACAAAAUUCAACAGUCAAAGCUUAGUAUUUUUAUACAGUCACCCAUUCCGCCAGAUUGCUAUAUCUGCCUUAUUACCCGUUGACUUGAAAUGGAAAAUGUACUUUUCAUCGUUAUCCGAAUUUCAUUUCACUCCGUCUACAUGUAUUCAUUAUUGGAAUACUCUGUAGUCAUUAAUAUGUUUGUGGUAGGAGAAAAAAGGAAUACUUUAUGAGUUAAUUCUUGCGGCAGUAAAUCUCUUCCAUGGACAAGGAACAGACGAUGCCAAUCUUUUAAAUAAGUAAGUUGAGUAAACGUAUGAAAAAAACAAUGGAAUGUCUAUACGAAAGAAAAUUUGUACAACGUUAGUUUGCUUUAAACCUGCUAUACAGAAUUACCCGUUGGAACACCGCUGUUUUGUAAUUGGAUUUUCAAAGCGUAUUCUUAGGAUUUUGUCAUUGAUUGCUUUAUGCGGCAUCAGUGCAUUAAAAUUUCCUGACUGAUAAUGUAUACAGUUGAUAGAAUUAUCUGUAUAAUUAACAAUUAUAAAAGAAACAGGUGUCAACUAAAUGUUUUAGGUCGUAUUUGAUAGAAUUUCAUCUUUCUUACAGCAUUAAUUAAUAAUGUUUUCUACAUUUUGAAUUUGGAUAUCAUAGUGUUAAAAUUUCCCGUUACUAAAGAUAUCAUUAGAGAUGAUAGCCAAAUUAAGUGAUAGGAUGUAAACGUGUUUAAUUUUUCCUUCCCUUUAUCUAUACCGACUGCAGAGAAAGAUCUGACCUCUGCCAUUGCCUGCUUCCAAUGGGGAGGAGCUGCUGCUUCGUCCCGGUUUUCAUUGGCCCUCCGCUUCUACCGUGCAGUGGGGGUAUCUGUAAUGAUAUUCAGCAUGUUUUGCACAAGAAAUGUCAGCCAGAAAGGGCUAUCUUCUUCCUUCGCCAAAUUAUACCACAACAAUGUCAUGCUCAGAUAGCCCGGUAGGAAACUCUUUUUUAGUGGACUCCUUGAUCAGUGCCAGCCGUGGUGAAGGAGGUGGAGGAGGGGGUUACUAUCAGGGUAGUGGCGUUUAUUUGCCGCCACCUUCUGAACUCUCUUACGGGCUUCCGAACUGUGGAUUUUUUCCGGGACUUGGCAAAAGGAACGAGGGUACCCCUCAGACUAUGGUGCCCACUUCUAGCCCUUACAUGCCCGGCAUGGAGGUUUGGUUAGAUCCUCCACGCCCGUGUCGCAUGGAUCAGCCUGCAAGCCAGCAGGUAGCGCCGUGUUCUUUUUCCCCGAACAUCAAAGAGGAGAAUUCAUACUGUAUUUACGAGUCAGAAAAAUGCCCUAAAGCUUCCACAGCAGAGGAUCUCUCGUACUCAAGGCUAACCUCAGGAUCCUGCUCCGGGAAUGAUACUAGCACGGUGCCAGUACCAGGUUACUUCCGCCUUGCUCAGACUUACACUACUUCUAAGGUUUAUCAUGCUGGGUCUUCCCAGUUUGUACUGCAGCCCCAGACUGGUUUUGAUACUCCCCCAUCUUCUUCUACGUCUGCAGAGCCGAUCAGGAGAGGGGGCGAAGAAGCGUCUUCUGGUACUUUAACGUGCGCUUCAGAGAGAGAAGACGAUUUACAUGCUUCUUCAGCUACAGGAGACUCGUCACCAGAUCCCACAGCAAACACCAAAACGUGUCCAGAUAAAGCGGCCAAAGGAGAAACCAAAAAUGAAAGCACUGCAAACUGGCUGACAGCGAAAAGUGGAAGGAAGAAACGAUGUCCUUAUACAAAACAUCAGACACUGGAGCUUGAGAAAGAGUUCCUUUUUAAUAUGUACCUGACUCGAGAGCGUCGCCUAGAGAUCAGCCGCAGUGUCCAUCUGACUGAUAGACAAGUUAAAAUAUGGUUUCAGAACAGAAGAAUGAAACUGAAGAAAAUGAGCCGGGAAAAUAGAAUUCGAGAACUUACUUCGAAUUUCAGUUUUUCUUGAUGAAUUCAAGGAAUUUUUUUCUCAAAUUCGUAAGAAAAACGCUCUUCUUUCAGAAAUAAGUUAAUUACGGACUUCAUUUUAUUGUUAUUAUUAUUAUAAUUCAUAUUAUUAUUAUUAUUAUUACUACUUUUAUUAGUAUUAUUAUUAGUCAUAGUGAUAAUAAUAAUGCUAUAUUUGAGUUGAUAGAAACAACAGCAUCAACAAUAAUAUUAAUAAUAAUAAAAUACUUCGAUAAUAUAAUUUCUAUGAUAUAUAACAAUCAUUAUUUGCUGAACUGAACCAAUGUUUGUUUACAUUUUUUUCCUUUUGACAGUUGUAUAAAGCGCAUUAGCAUUGUACACACGUUUUGCCAUCAUUACCAAACAGAUUUCAAAGUAAAGAAAGAGAACGAUUUACAGAAACUGAAAAAAUAUAUUUUAAUCAUUUCGUUUACAUCUAAUUCAAACUCGAAUGGUAUAAUAUAUGAGGCAUGAUUAGGCUGUUGUUAAAAUAAUUUACUAUUUAAAUACGAAAUCAUCUUGUACCUUUGACAAACAUUACACAUCCAUAGACACGUAUGUGUUUGCUAUUGAAUGUCUAGGUCAACUUGCAGCAAAAUGUAUGUCUGCGUAUUUGUGUGUGCGUGCGAAUUAUUGUACGCAAAUAUUUUGAAACAUGUACUUUAUACGCACAUGAAUACACGUAUUCAUUGAUUUUUUAUUUUUUACUUUAUUAUUUUGGAUGUAUAAGAGGAUGAUGGAUAUUCACUUUAUUUAUUUGACUUACCCAAUUAUUUACAAAGAACACCUUAGUAAUUAUAUAAAAUAGUGAACAGUUUACACAAUUGUAUUUUCACAUUUUUGCAUAGGUUUAUGCAUACAAAUUAUGUUGUUUAUGUCUGAUAUUAUAUAGUUUAUUACUUAUUAAAUUCAUGGUGCACGAUUUGACAUUUGUCAAAACAAUGUUCAAGGUAAUGUUAAACUUACUGUAUAGAAACAAAGGUAUGUGCUUCAUUACAUAUACACACUAUACAUAGUGUGUGCGCAAAUGAUAUGCACCUUUUUCACCACAAACUGGUACGUGGAUUUCUUUUCUCAAUUGGAGAAUAAAAUUACUUUGUAUUUGCCUUA